AUCCAUCUGCAGAGCAGGGCAGUGGGAGGAGACGCCAUGACUGCCAUCCUCGUGCUCCUGAUCUGUCUCGGGCUGAGUCUGGACCUCAGGACCCACGUGCAGGCAGGAGCCUACAGCAAACCCACCCUCUCAGCCCUGCCCAGCCCUGUGGUGGCCUCAGGAGGGAACGUGACCCUCCAGUGUGUCUCACAGGUGGCACAUGACAGCUUCUUUUUGUGUAAGGAAGGAGAAGAUGAACACCCACAAUGCCUGAACUCUCAGCCCCGUACCCGUGGGUCAUCCUGGGCCGUCUUCUCCGUGGGCCCCGUGAGCCCUAGUCGCAGGUGGUCGUACCGGUGCUAUGGUUAUGACUCACGCCCUCCCUAUGUGUGGUCUUUACCCAGCGAUCUCCUGGAGCUCCUGGUCCCAGGUGUUUCUAAGAAGCCAUCACUGUCAGUGCAGCCGGGUCCUGUCGUGGCCCUUGGGGAGAAGCUGACCCUCCAGUGUGGCUCUGAUGCUGGCUAUGACAGAUUUGUUCUAUACAAGGAGGGAGAACGUGACUUCCUCCAGCGCUCUGGCUGGCAGCCCCAGGCUGGGCUUUCCCAGGCCAACUUCUCUCUGGACCCUGUGAGGGGCUCCCACAGGGGCCGGUACAGAUGCUACGGUGCACACAACCUCUCCUCCGAGUGGUCGGCCCCCAGUGACCCCCUGGACAUCCUGAUCUCAGGACAGAUCUAUGACACGGUCUCCCUCUCGGUGCAGCCGGGCCCCACGGUGGCCUCAGGAGAGAACGUGACCCUGCUGUGUCAGUCACAGGGGCAGUUCCACACUUUCCUUCUGACCAAGGAGGGGGCAGCCCAUCCCCCGCUGCGUCUGAGAUCAGAGCACCGAGCUCCUAAGUACCAGGCUGAAUUCCCCAUGAGUCUUGUGACCUCUGCCCACGCGGGGACCUACAGGUGCUACGGCUCACUCAGCUACAACUCCUACCUGCUGACUCACCCCAGUGACCCCCUGGAGCUCGUGGUCUCAGGUGAGGGCCCUGACCCUGUCCUCUCUGAGCUCAAAGGCUCAGCUCAGUCCUGCCCCAGGAGAGCUCUGGGCUGGGAUGGAGUGAGCGGGGGUCUGAGAGGGGCUUAGCCAGAGGGGGACUCACCCUCAGAGGGGAGGAGGACAACAGGGCCCUCCCAGGCAUGCCCACCCUCAGCGGCACCGCCAGCAUCAUGAAGAGGAGAGGUGGGUGGAGGGAGGG